GCGAUGGAGGCAGAGGCCACAGAGCAGGUCUCCUUGGGGCCCUACUCUGGGGAAGAGGAGGAGGCAUACUCGCUUGGGCCACUGCCAGAACUCUGUUACAAGGCGGAUAUCCAGGCCUUCAGUAAGGCCUUCCAACCCAGUGUCACCCUGAUGGUGGCAGUGCUGGGUCUGGCCGGCAAUGGCCUUGUCCUUGCCACCCACCUGGCAGCCCAAAGGGCUACCCGCUCACCCACAUCGGCCCACCUGCUCCAACUGGCCCUGGCCGACCUUCUGUUGGCCCUGACCUUGCCCUUUGCAGCAGCCGGGGCUCUGCAAGGCUGGAGCCUGGGAAGUGUCACCUGCCGGGUCAUCUCGGGCCUCUACUCCGCCUCCUUCCAUGCCGGCUUCCUCUUCCUGGCCUGUAUCAGCGCUGACCGCUAUGUUGCCAUCAAAAAGGCCCUCCCAGCUCCGCCAAAGCGCUCCUGGUCCAUUUGCGCACGCCGGGUCUCAGUCAUGGUGUGGCUGCUGUCGCUAGUCUUGGCGCUGCCUGCUCUCCUUUUCAGCCAGGAUGGGCAGCGAGAAGGCCAGCGGCGCUGCCGUCUCAUCUUCCCCGAGGCCCUCGCGCAGACGAUGAAGGGGGCGAGCGCCGUGGCGCACGUUGGCCUGGGCUUCGUGCUGCCGCUGGGCGUCAUGGUGGCCUGCUACGCGCUCCUGGGCCGCACGCUGCUGGCCGCCAGGGGGCCAGAGCGCCGGCGCGCGCUGCGCGUUGUGGUGGCCUUAGUGGCAGCUUUCGUGGUGCUGCAGCUGCCCUACAGCCUCGUCCUGCUAUUGGAUACCGCCGACCUCCUGGCCGCCCGCGAGCAGAGCUGCCCCGCCAGCAAGCGCAAGGAUCUGGCACUGCUGAUCACCGGAGGCCUGGCCCUCGCCCGCUGCGGCCUCAAUCCCGUGCUCUACGCCUUUUUGAGCCUGCGCUUCCGCCAGAACCUGCGGCGGCUGCUACGGGGUGGGGGCUGCAGCCCAGGGCCUCGCUCCCGCGGCCGCUGCCCGCGCCGGCCCCGCCUGUCUUUCCUCUUGGCUCCCACGGGGACCCGCAGUGUCUCCUCCGGGGACGGCUAGGACUG